AUGUCUUUUUGGCAUCACACAGUAAUGUCUGCGGGCCAGUCUGGAGGGCGUCGCGGGCCGGAUUUGACCCUUGGGCCGCCAUUUGAGAAAGCCUGGUUUAACGAUUUUGAUUCUAACCGAUUUUCAUUGCUUGAUCAGUUAGAGUCUUUUAUUGAUGAUGAUUUUAAUGAUGAUUAUGCUAAUGAUUAUAAUUCCUUUGAUUUGAAUAAUUAUUAUGAUGAUUAUGAGAAUGAUUAUUUGGUGUAUAAAGAUUGUAAAUAUUUAAAUGAGCCCAGGAUAAAUGAACAUUAUACUACUUAUAGUUUCCAUGAUGGCGGCAAGGCAGGAAAAAAUUACCCUGCACGUAAUGGUUUUGACAUGUUGGACGCCAUUACUAAAGCGGACGUUAACAGAGCUACGACGCUCCAAAGUUGA